AAUAGUAAUACUUACUUUGAUUGUUCUGGAACUCCAGUAUUUUCAAUUUUUUUCCUGAAGCAUCAUCAAAAAGAAAAAAUACCAAAAAAUUAGGGUUUUGUUUCGCAAUUUUCAAUUAAUUUUACACUAAACAUGUAAAACAUACUUACUCAUUAGAUUUUUGGUUUGUUGUUGUUGAAAUUUGUCGAGAUUGUGCAAUUUCGUCUCUUAUGUCGGACAUUUUAGACAAUUUUACUUGCUAAUUGCAUGUACGAAAAUGGAGUAGAGAGAGAAAAUGGAGGUUGAGUGAUAAAUUGGAGAAAGAGCAUGAGAAAGAAAAAUGUGAUUAUUUGAAAAGUUUUUUUUUUUUAAUUAUAUAUAUAUAUGGGUGGGGCAGUGGGAAGUUACUGACAGUUUUAGAGGGAAGUUACUGAAAUGUGUGGGGGUAGUGGUACGGCGUCGUUUAGGGGGGUGUAGGGAUAAACAUAAACAAUUAAGAUUUUUCAUAUAGGGUAAAUAUCAGUAAAAUUGAAAAUUUUACCCUACACCCUAGUGUAGGGUGUGUUCCCUACACCCCCCCUAUGCUACGUCGUUUUGUAGCUGGUAUUGAGUUCUCAUGUGCAGCUUCUUUCCUUUUGCGAUUCUUUCCUUUUUUUUUUUUUUUUUUUUCCUUUUUUUCUUUUUUUCUUUUCUUCCUCUUUUUUCCUUUUUCCUUUGAUUCUUAUUAUUCAAUUUAUGUAUAUAUAUGAUUUUAAACCCUAUUUUUUCUCUCUCUUCAAUUGAUCAACCAACCUCCAUUUUUGAUCUACAUUUUUCUCUCGCUAAUUCAUCUUCUUCAUUUGAUUUUUUGAACGAAUUCGUUAAUUGUUACCGAUCAUCAAUGGCGAAUUCUGCAUCUGGAGAUUGCGUUGAUUUUGAUCGCGAUUGCGAGCGUGUGUUUCCUUCUGGACUUCGUUUCGUUGAUUCGUUUGUGCAACAAUUGGAAAAAAAUGAUGAUAUUAUGUAUUUAGAAGCAGAACAGUCUGAAUUAAAGGAUAAAGAAUUUAAAUCUGAAGAUGAAGCUUUCGAAGCGUAUAAUGAAUAUGCUUUUAGGAAAGGUUUUGGAAUUCGAAUUGGGAAGAGUAAGAGAAGAAGAGAUGAUUCUUUUUUGAUGAAAAGAUUUGUUUGUUGUAAUGAGGGAUUCAAAGAUAAUAAGUGUAAGAAUAAAAGGAUUUAUGAGAAGUUGGAUCAUCGAACUGGUUGUUUAGCUUUUGUGCAGUUUCAUAUUGAUCAUUUAGGGGUCUAUACAUGUACAAGACAUGAAAUGGUUCAUAAUCAUGCUAUGAUUCCUCCUGAAAAAAGGCAUUUGAUAAGGUCUCAAAGAGAUGUGAAUAAAGAGCAGCUUCUUUUCAUUUCAACAAUGAAAUUGAGUGGAGUCAAAGUUACUGAUUCUUUGAGGGUUCUAAAGAAGGAGGUUGGGGGAUCUCCUAAUCUUUGUUUUACUGCUUCUGAUGCUUAUAAUGCAUUGUCAUCUGAAAAAGCUGCCCAAAUUGAAGGAUGUGAUGGUAACCAAUUGAUUAAAUAUUUUGCCAAGAGACAUGUGGAUGAGACAGAUUUUUAUUAUGAUUUUGAACAAGAUGAUAGUGGUGCUUUAGUUAGUUUUUUUUGGCGUGAUGGUAGGAUGAUGAGAGAUUAUCAUUACUUUGGAGAUUUGUUGGUUUUUGAUACAACUUAUAGAACUAAUAAAUAUGGAAUGAUAUGUGCUCCAUUUGUUGGGAUGAACCAUCAUGGUAACAAUGUCAUGUUUGGUAUGGGUUUUAUUCUUAAUGAGCGCACCGAGUCUUUUGAUUGGUUGUUUGAUACAUUUUUGCACUCAAUGGGGAGGAAAAGUCCCAUUACAAUUAUGACUGAUCAAGCACAAGCGAUUGCAGCGGGUAUAAGAAACAUUUUUCCUUCAACUGUUCAUCAUCGUUUAUGUGUAUGGCAUCUUGAACAAAAUUCUAAGAAACACAUUGGAGCAUUGAGAGCUUUGGAAGGCUUUACAGAUUUGUUUGGAUAUCUUUUGAAGUAUUGUGAAACUCCUGCUGAAUUUGAAUAUUUCUGGAAAAGGAUGUGUGAUAAAUACAAAUGUGAAAAUGAUGAUUGGUUAUGUGAUUUGUAUAAAAUAAAGGAAAUGUGGUGUCCUGCUUAUUCUAAGAAGUAUUGGUCUGGUGGUAUAUUGUCUUCUCAACGUAGUGAAACUACUAAUAAGUCAGUUUCACAACGUCUUAAUAAGACUCAAGGUUUAUGUGAUUUUUAUCAUGUUUUUCUUGAUGUCAUUUCUGAGUGGAGAAGUAAGGAAGGUGCAAGAGAUUACAAUACUCUGAGGGGUAAUAGGCACCUAGCUUUUGCUAAUAUUGGUAUAUUAGUUCAUGCAAGAUCAUUGUACACUAUUCAAGCUUAUGUUCUUUUUGAAGAGGAGUUCAUUAGGGGGACAGCUUAUGAUCAUGUUGAUAAUGGUUUGCGUUUUCCAGAAUAUUCAUAUCUUCUUUGGAGGCCUGGGAAGGAUAUAAUUAAGCAUGAAGUUGUUUUUAAUAAGGAAACACAUGCAAUUUGUUGCACAUGCAUGUACUUUAGUGAGACUGGUUUACUUUGUUCUCAUUCUCUUCGAGUAUAUCAUUUGCAUUGUGUGCGUAAUAUUCCACAAGAGUAUAUAAUGAAACGAUGGACAAAGGCUGCCAUGUGUAGUCAUGGUAUUGAAGAACCUACUUUGAGGACAAAUGUUGUGGCUACUAGUGUUUGGAGGUCACAAACAAUCAGAAAGUUUGUUAAGUUGAUAACAAGUUGUCAGAAUUCUUUGAAUGCAAGGGCAGAGGUUGAGUGUUAUUUCAAUCUGUUAAAAGAAAAGGUUGAGAGUGUAUCAGGUGUAAUUGACUUUAGUGAACCUGUUAAAGAGGUUGAAAUUGUUGAUCUUGAGAUCAAGAAUCCUCCAAAAGCUAGGCCUAAAGGUGAGAGGAAUGUAAGGCCUAAGAGUACCUUGGAGAAGCAGUGUAACAAGGCAAAGGGUAAUUUCAAGAGGAAAAAGUCUCUGUACACUCCUUACAAAAGGGGUAUAGGGCAAGCAGUUGUACAGGAACUUGAUGAGAACGGUUGUGCUGUUACUUAUGCUAAUUCUAUUAGUGAUCCCAUUGAAUUGAUUGUUUUGAGCAAUAAACGGGCUCAGGUCGGCUUAAAAUCAGCUGUUGUAGAAGAAAUUCCUUCUAGUUCUAAGGAAUCAAAUCAUAGUAUUUCCAAUGAUUUUGAUCAGGCUACUGGUGAAAGCUCUCUUUCAUCUAUCAUAUCUAUUGAUGUUGAUAUUUCAUCUAUUGCUAAGGCGAAGGAUUUAAAUCUUGAAGGUGUUUCUGCUGUUCAACCUUGUUCUAAUUUUGGUGCAAAUGAAGGUGCUUCUGGUGUUAAAACUUACUCUCAAAUUAAUCCAAGAGUUCCAAUUCAUACUAGUGCGUCAACAAAAUCUCCUGUUGUUAUUCAACCUACUGUUCCCAGGAAUGUUCAAAAUCAAACUCAGAAUUGUUCAAACACCAAUCCAGAAAUGAUCAUAUCCAACUCCAGGAAUGUUCAAUCAACAAAUGUUCAAGUUAUUUCUCCUACGGUUCAAAUAAAUGAUCAAGGAUUUCCUGUUCAGAAUGUUCAAGUUACUCCUCCCACAGUUCAAAGAAAUGAUCAAGGUGCUCGUGUUCCAAUUCUUCAAUCAAGAAAUGUUCAAUUAGGUUCUAAAAAGAUUUCUUCUAAAUAUGAUAGGUUGUUAGCCUUUUUUGAUACAAGUGUAGCUAAACGUUUGGCUAAUAAAGAUAAAUAAUUAGUAUUCCAGAACUUUAUAAA